AUGCCCUUCGGACUCUGCUCCGCUGGAGCCACCUUUCAACGUCUGAUGGAUCAAGUACUUAAUGGACUACCCUUUGUUCGGGUCUAUCUAGACGACAUCCUCGUGUUCUCGCCCGAUGCUGAGACUCACGAAGACCACUUGAGACAAGUCUUCGCACGCCUGCGUGCGUGGGGCUUGACGUUGUCCGCCGAGAAGUGCGAGUUCGGUUGCCCUUCUGUGCCCUACUUAGGACACAUUUUUGACGGGAACGGUAUGAGACCUGAUCCGACUAAGGUAGAGGCGAUCUUGAGAUGGCCUCGCCCUGGUAAUGUUGCAGAAAUAAGGUCCUUUUUGGGUCUCGCCGGCUACUACCGUAACUUCGUCCCUAACUUCUCGGACGUGGCACGACCAAUUCAACGGCUGGUGUCGGAGGUUGGAAGUGAAACUCUAGCUUUGGAUACUUACUGGGGACAGGAGCAAGAGGAGUCCUUUCGGGCCCUCAAGCUUCGUCUCGCAGCCCUGCCCUUCCUCGCUUACCCCGAUUUUGGUAUUCCCUUCGAGCUCUAUACUGACGCAAGCGACUAUGCCAUUGGAGCUGUCCUUAUGCAAGAAGGAAGGCCCUUAGGAUUUUUCAGCAGGACGUUAACGGGCUCCCAGCUCAAUUGGCAUACCUAUGAGAAGGAGGCGUACGGUAUCCUACAAGCCCUGAUUUACUUCCAACACUACCAUAUCGGUUACCCUUUGACGGUUACGGUAUAUACAGAUCAUGAGCCCCUGACUUGGCUAGCUAAGGCCGGCUCAAAGAAGCUGGAGCGAUGGCUUUUGGCCAUGCAGGCGUAUUCCUUCAUAGUGAAAUAUGUACCAGGUAAGAAAAAUGUGUGUGCUGAUGCUCUGUCCAGGAUACGCCAGCUCGACGACGAUACCCUACCGAUGGAGCCGAUGGAGUCAGAGCCUCUCAUGACGAAGCCAGCCAAGGACGUUGACACUACCCGUACCCUUGUAUCGGUUGUAGCCGCUCGUCGACAAUUAGCUGCUUGUAUAACGGCAUUGUCGGCACGGUGGUCGAUCGUUGGUCAAGUUGUCAAUGUAUAA